GUUAUGAGUCCUCCCGCUGAGCUGUCUGGGUGGAGCAGCUCUGCCAACAACACAAACCAGGCACAAUAAAGAAACAUGGAGUUCUGUGUCAGUCAGCGGUAGAGAUAUGAACUGUCACUCAGUCAGCACGUUACUCGUCUGUUAACUGACACAGUAACCUUAGCAACAACCCACCCACCACACCGCAGACCGGGCAGAGCUCGCCUGUAUGGCGGCUCUGUCCUACCUGGUGCUCCGGUUCUCGGGCUCGGCUGGUCGGACUUACGGAGUCUUCUCUAAAAGCUUGACGAGGACUUUGUUGAUAUUCUUUGAUCUCGCAUGGAGACUGCGGAUCAGAUUCCCGUACAUCUACCUGGUCGCUUCGAUGAUGUUUAAUGUCAGAUUACAGGUCCACAUUGAAAUCCACUGACUCAAUCUUCAAUGCCUGUAUUUGGACUAUAAAUCAAUAAAGUGUGGGCAACGCCAUGUUUCAGCCUUCUAAAAGAAACUCUCUUACACUGCACAGCGAUGUGGAGGAAGAGGACGCUUAAUUCUGCGUGACGAUGCAACAAACUUACACGGCCGGUCGUCGCCGUCAGCCCUCGCCACACGAGCCCAGUGCCUUCGCAGGAGAAGGACGGCAAAAAAUGAGCCAGGGUGAGCGGUGACUGUGUGAGGGCGGAGAGGGGGAAACGAUGCCUCACGUUGACCCUUCUGACUCGCCACCUGAGAUCCAGGCGCCGCUCGUCCUGUCCGUGGAGAUCAUGACGUAUGACGGGUGGAUUUCGACACUGCCUUCUCUCUCUCUGGAAGUCGAGGACUUUGGCGUUGGAUUUGAAAACAGAUGUUACUGUGGUACUUUGUAGCUACUCUUCAUUGUCUGACAUGUAUGUUUUGUUAGGUGCUCAGUGUCAACAUCUCACUUUAAUUUAAAAAAAGUUAAUAUCUACACCGCAUGACACAAAACAAGCAUGUCCUCUGUGGCUUGGACUAUUUAUUUGGGGUUAGCUGUAUAAGCGGUACAUGGAGAACGGUACAGCUGCCACUGCUGGAAAUCUGUUAUUGAGUGCAGUCUCAAAGGGAAUCACUGCAUGUCUUCUUUCUGUUCGCACACACAUACUUACACGUCGUCACACUCAUUGUUCUGUCUGCAUAUCUGUGACACUGGAAAGGUGGCGGCGUUGAUGGAGAAAAUGUUACAUGCAAAGUUUUUUAGCUGCAUUUGUUUUUAUUUCUGUGAAAAAUGUGCGUGCGGGGGGGUUUGAAGUCACAGAAUUGAGGGUAUGGAGGAUAGAAUUUGGGAUGUAAUAAAUUAAUGAAAUCACAA